GUGUCAGACUUCUGCAUCGAGAGCUCCUUGGGGAUGCUAGGGAGCAUCAAAUGCCCUAAGAGUGUGUGGUCCAUGUCUCUGGGAUUUCAGAUUGUACCUGUGUGCCCCCUCAGGGAAUUGGAUGUCCUGAUUCACGCUCAGGCAAGAGAGCUGACCCAGUUACGGCAGAAGGUGAAGGAAGGGAGGGAUGACUGUGUCCUGCUCGUUCAGCACCUCACCGACCUCCUCACCCACAAAGACCUUGACAAGGACCAGGGGCAGGGCUUGCGAGAGCAGCUGACUGAGGGACACAGGCUGGCAGAGCGCCUCGCCCGCAAGUUCAGCCCAGAAAGCGAUGAAGAGGAGGAGGACAACAAUGACAAAGCAGCAGCACUCACCCCCAGCGUGGAAGUGCAGGAGGUUGCAAAGGAGGAGGUGCUGCAGGAAUCCCAGGAUGAAUGCAUUUCGACCCCUUCAAUGGUCCAGGAAAGGUCUGACUGCACCCAGCCUUCCAGUGAUGGCACACGUGCAUCUGAUGAGCCAAAAGUUGGCCCUGCUACAGAUGGAGCCUGUGCUGGCUCCCGUGCCAAGGAGGAUGACGUUCCAACCCGUCACCCAGCAGAAAAUCAGAAUGGUCAUGAGGAAGUGGAUGGACAAGAGCCACUGCCCCCCAGUGCGGAGUUGCAGGAGGUUGCAAAGGAGGAAGUGCUCCAGGCGUUCCCAGAUGAAGCUGUUUUGGCUCCUUGCAUUCAGCAGGAAGGUUCUGACUGCUACCCGCCUUGCAGUGAUGGAAAACUGGCAUUUGAUGAACAGAAAAAGGGGUCUGUUCUGGAUGGAGCCUGUGGUUGCUCUCCUGCUACAGAGGGUGAAAUUCCAGCUGGUCCCCCAGAAAGCCAGAAUGAUCAUAAUGGGGUGAAAGAACCAGAGCCACCUGUCCCCAGGCUCCGCGGGGAGCUGCCGCCGAUGGCAGAGUGUGGUGUCCCACAGAACUCACUGGAUGGAAGUGCUUGGUCUUGCCCAGGUCUUCCCGACCUGUCGGACUCCUUCUGGCCUUACAGGAGUGCUGCCACCCUCUCAUUUGAGAACAUGGAUGUCCCUGAUGCUCAGGAUGCAACCAGUGACACCUGGGAGGAUUGUCACCAAGUGCCUUUGAGUUUUGGAAGGCCAGAGAUGCAAAGUUCACAAGCUCAGCUGCAGACAAGCACCCAGGUGGCCAAUGAUCUGCAGCUGCCCCUCGACCAGCAUUUAGAUCGUGGCGAUGGCAAAGCCAGGCUCCACCUUUCCCCCACCAUCCGGGGAUUUACUGCCAACACUGAUACCGGGGACCAAGGGCCACUCAUCCAAGAGCUGGGUCUGGAUGCUUCCAUCAGAAUGAAGACCCCUCCCAAGCUGGAGGGUGAGGGCUCAGCUGCCAGCAGGCAGGAGUGUCGUGUGUCACCGCCUUCAUGCCUUAAGUUUCCUGAAAGAGAAGAUUAUCCAAAGAAAACUGCAGUUCAGCAAGUGGAGACUGGCCUGCAGAUUCCCUGGCCUCCUUGCUUAGGCUACCGAGGUAUCUGUUACUUCCAGAACGAAGAAGAGUUAUUGCCCAACCCCAAGAAACCACAGCAGAAAAGAUUCCUUUUCCACCUGAUGAGAAAAACCUACAACAGCCAAUCAAGUUGAAGCCCCAAAGGAACACUGGAGGGACCCUGUCCUGAGAAUCAGCCUCUCAACCAUCACCUCCUCCCCACCGUUUUUACUCCAAAAGACUGAUCUCAUGAGAGAAGUCGCAGUCAUCGGCCUCCUCCCAGUCUUCGGUGUGAUCAGUCGAUGAGGAGACCAGGGCCCAGAUGGACUGCAGUUUGGAGCGACCUUCACCCUUGCUCCUGUCCACAUUCAUCCUCCUCACACAGGCAUCAGGAGCCGCUGGCAGAAGGCCCCAUGUCCACCUGGACAUUCUUUGUCAGCACACGGGCUGUGGUCGGAGCAGAUGCCCUUAACUGUGCAGUGUUCUUGCCGAAAGUGUUUCGCCUGAGUGUCUUCAUGAGGUAGUUAUCAGACAGCUGCAGAAUGUAGGCCAGUGGCCCAGACACCUGGCCUGUCUUUCUUCAAACAGUCCAUGUCUCCACAAGAAGACAACCAAGAGGAGAAGAGAGAUUUGGGGUUCCGAAGGACUAAGAAGAUUAUGUGACUAUAAUUCUUGAGUCCUUUUGAACCCCAAACGUCUCCUCACCUUUUGUGAUUGUCUUUGACCGUGGGGACAUUGACUGGUUUGCAGAGGACAAGUCAGUUGUCUGGCUCACAAGUCUGCAUCCUUCAGUUGUCUGAUGAUUUCCUCCUGAUGCAAUUCAGGGGAAAGCUUUUGCCAAGAGCACCACCUAGUGCCUGCUGUGUGCUUCCUAGCACAGCCCCGCAGGAGGCUGAGCGUGUCCACAUUGCCUGCCACCACUCCUGUCAUUCGAGCAUUGGACGCUUUGUUCUGGAGGGUCCUGUGAGAUCUGUCCAUUGGAAAGACCUGUUUUUCUCUCUCUGAUCAGUCAUUUGCUUAGUGGUGUAUGAAUUAGAGGCCAUGAACUAUCUUCUUCUGUGAUGCUGUUUCUCUAACAAGUUGCCAUGCCUUAUCAAUCCCCGAUUGAUGAUUCCUGAUGUGUGUCCAUUACCAUAUUUGUUUGUAUGUUGGAAAUUUCCGAUUUAGUCAUUCUGUAGACUUGUAUUGCUGGCACUGUGCUGUGGAAUGGGCAUUCCUUUCCCUUCCUUGUCAUGAAAAGUUUUCUUGAGUCUCACUGUGGAUUCAUACAUUUUUCAAAUUAUUCCUAAAUUAAAAAUAUUAUAAUAAAAAAUAAAAUAUUUGUUAUCC